ACACCCCGCCGGGCACCAUGAGCUCCAGCACCAUCACCCCGCUGAAGGUCGUCAGCAGCCUUGCCAAUACUGAUGUCAACUAUGUCAUCAAAGAGCAUUAUAAUUACACGGGAAAGCUAAAUGAGAAUGCAGACAGUGGAAUAAAAGUGACAUCAGUGGUUUUUAUCAUCAUUUGCUGCUUUAUAAUCUUAGAGAACAUUUUUGUCUUGCUCACCAUCUGGAAAACUAAGAAGUUUCACAGACCCAUGUACUAUUUUAUUGGGAACUUGGCUCUUUCUGACUUGCUGGCUGGCGUGGCUUACACUGCCAACCUCCUGCUAUCUGGACACAAAACCUAUAGCCUUACCCCCUCCCAGUGGUUUGUAAGAGAAGGCAGCAUGUUUGUUGCCUUGUCAGCCUCUGUGUUCAGCUUGUUGGCCAUUGCCAUUGAGAGAUACAUCACCAUGCUGAAGAUGAAACUGCACAAUGGCAGCAACAGCUUCCGCUCCUUCUUGCUGAUCAGUGCUUGCUGGGUCAUCUCUGCGAUCCUCGGGGGGCUCCCGAUCAUGGGCUGGAACUGCAUCAGCCUCUUAUACAACUGUUCCACCGUCUUGCCUCUCUACCACAAGCACUAUAUCCUCUUUUGCACCACCGUUUUCACCGGUUUGUUGCUAUCUAUUGUUGUCCUCUACUGCAGGAUCUACUCCAUGGUGAGGACUAGGAGCCGCAGGCUGACAUUUCGCAAAAACAUUACCAAAGCUACCAGGAGCUCGGAAAAGUCCUUAGCCUUGCUCAAGACAGUGAUCAUAGUCCUGAGUGCCUUCAUCGCCUGCUGGGCUCCCUUGUUUAUUCUGCUUUUGCUGGAUGUGGGGUGUAAAGUGAAGACCUGUCCAAUCCUCUAUAAAGCAGAGUAUUUCUUAGUACUGGCCGUGCUCAAUUCAGCCACGAACCCUAUCAUCUACACCUUGACAAACAAAGAGAUGCGGAGGGCUUUCAUCAAGAUCCUGUGCUGCUGCAAAUGUCCCACAGCAGACUCUGGGACCAAGUUCAAGCGGCCGAUCAUCGGAGGGAUGGAGUUCAGCCGGAGUAGGUCUGACAACUCCUCCCACCCACAGAAGGAGGAAGGCGACCGUCCUGAAACCAUCAUGUCUUCAGGCAAUGUUACCUCAUCUUCUUAGGAGUAACCUGGAGGGCGGGGAGUAUUUCAGAGCCCUCCUCUGGAAGUGGGGAGCUGGAACGCCUUCUGCUUACAGCAGUGUCGGGCUGAGCGAACAAGUAGCCUUAGUUCUCAUGGGGCACACGGUGCACUUGCGAGGCUGGAGUUCAAGAAAUGGGACAGACUGUUCUGGCUUGUUUUGUCUUUGCACUGAGGCAGCUCAGGAUUGUCAGGCGCAUUCAUAUCCUGAAAUCUCCUUAGUAACUCUGAAAGACUGAUGCCUUGGUGAAAUGGUGCCUGGUGUGUGUGAGAGAAAGAGAGCGGGGGAGGAGGGAGAAGGGAGAAUGAAUCUUUUUUUUUUCCCCAUGUGAGAAGAAUGUGAAGUUAUUUCUCCUUUACUUGCAGCGCACCACUGACACAAAGAUCCUUCUGUAGAGAAUUUAGUGGUUGCUCUGGUGUAGUUGGUCAGAACUGUUUGUUUAGCACAUAACAAGGAAAGAGAUAACACAGAAAGAACUUAGACAACGUGCAACCAUAAUCUGGCAUCACUUCUCAGAGUUUUUAGUUAAAUCAUAAGGUGUUAUGUGCAGAGUCCAAAGCUGUUGGGGUUUUAUUUAGCAACAUCAUAGCUAUGAGUUUUUGCUGUUGGUCCAUAUUACAUUCGAAGCCAUUUCUACUGACUCUGUCAGACUUUAUGGAGUAGCUCAGAGCAACUUUUGACCCCAUACAUUGAUCACCUUGUUAUUCUAUAGCAUUAAACAAACUUUAAUGUAAGGUAGAACUAAAGGUCAUUUCCCUUUAAAGAUGACUGAAAAUAAAUCAUAGAAUCAACCAGGUUGGAAGAGACCUCCAAGAUCAUUCAGUCCAACCUAGCACCCAGCCCUAGCCUGUCAACUAGAUCGUGGCACUGAGUGCCUCAUCCAGUCUUUUCUUGAAGACAUCAAGGGAUGGUGCCUCCACCACCUCCCUGGGCAGCCCAUUCCAAUGCCAAUCACUCUCUCUGGGAAGAACUUCCUCCUAACAUCCAGCCUAUACCUACCCUGGCACAACUUGAGACUGUGUCCCCUUGUUCUAUUGCUGGUUGCCUGGGAGAAGAGGCCAAAUCUAAUAGUAUAAGAUACUAUUGAUAACAGGAGGGUUUUUGCCUAAGUAAAGCAGAGUUACAAGCUGCAGGGGCAGUUCAGUGUCAGGUUCACAGCCUUUCCAAGGGCAGAGAUGGGUGGGGAAAACCUGAGUUCCAAGAAAACAGUAGGAGGGUUGAAGUGAAAUGACUAUAGCUGAAUGCACUUCCAUAACAAAAUGCAAUACAUCUCAGCACAUUUUAUUAAUAAUCCCAUCAAAGGUUUUAUCAGUUCCCAAAAGAAGUACCUGUCCUUAAAUUGAAUGUAUUUGUUUUACAGCAUCGUUUUUACUCCUCUGUUUCUUUAACCUGUGCUAAUGAGGUUGAAUGUGUACAAUGUAAAUAAGUUCCUAAGAUGCAGCAGUCUUCAUGCGCCUAGAGUAUUACUGUAACAGAAGUGGUAUAUCUGGGAUAGCUGAGAGCAACUGACUGAUUUACAGUUAUUGGCAAGUCCUAGAAGUGGUAUUUUGUAAAGAAAAUGUACUGCCUUUGUAGUAAAAUUUCCAGUGCAAUUAAACUCUUGGGUUAUUUUUUUUUUCCUGGUUUAAAAAAAAAUAGUAUUUAAAACAUUUCUGACUUCUGUUGUUUGAUUUGCACAUAGCUUUAUUGACUUCUAAACAUUAAUAAACUGAUUUUUUUUUAAUA